GCCUGACAACACCUGACCGGUGACCGCCCUUCGUCGGACAGGUAGCUGGCCCAGCUUUGGCCAACCGUCGCCAGUGGCGUCUGCCUUGAAUUUCAUUUCGGUUCUGUUGUUCUCGAAAUGUGUGAUUAGGACAUUAGGUAGAUAGUUACGAACACUGCUCUUCGCUCAGGUCGAUUCGUCAAGUCUCGCUUUGACCAGUAUCACAAGUCCGAGUCUGACUUCUCGUCCGAGCGAUCCGACUCAACCGUUUAGCCCUUUGCGUACUUUUCGACCAGUUAUCUCUUUUUUUCCCCUCGGUUUUGAAAAAAAAAAUGAGCUUGGCUCCUCUAUAAGCUAAUUAAAAACCAAGGUGAGGAAGAGAUUAAAACAAACACACACACAUACACUCGUACAAAAAAAGAAGACUAUAGAAUAGGAACAAUGGCGAGUUGUUGGGUUGUAUAGUGAAGUUUACGACAUUCCCAGAGUUGCAUAUAAGAAAAUCUCAGGCUCUUGUGAUUGUGUUGUGGCAUGCCUUACUGGAGGGAGUUUGGAGUCUAUGGCAGAACAGGGUAGGCAAGGGGGUAACAGUCACCUCAAUCACCCGCCCGACUCGGUAACUUCAACCCUCAGCAUUGGGCGUGGGUUGAAAGUGGGCCGGGGCUUAAAACGGAGGUCUCUUGUGGACAAAACAUCGCAACACAACCCCACACAGGCGAAUUCAUCCGAGGAACAUUCCGAAGAGAGAAAACGUCCACGCCUUGUCAGCCACUUACCAGAUCAGGAGAGCAGCCAACCGUCAGACGCUACGAGAAAAAAGGGUAGCAACAGUAGUGCCAAUUCAAGAAAAGAACGCGAUUUGGAAUUGAAGGCUAGCCUCAAUUCUGACUCUUCAGAAGUACUUCGUAAGAGGUUUAAGGGAGACUUGCAACAAAAAGGAGGCACCACGGGGAGCCUGGUGCCUCGGGGCCCUGGAAGUGUCGUAGUCGGUACUUCUAGUAACAAAGUGGGGCCAUCCGACUACAAACCUUCCACCUCUUUCUUGGGAUCCCAAGGGGACAAAGCGGGAUCAAAACCGCACAAACAGGAUAGAAGGUCAAGAAUAAUUAGCCUCAUCUACAGGUCUGUGUCCAGUGCGGGAGACAAGUCAUCCGCUGGCACAAGUAAAAAAGGCAUUUCGAAUAAAGGCCACCAAGGCUCUUGCAGUAGCAGUAGUAGUUGCAGUAGUGGUUGUAGCGGUAGCAGGGCUGGUGGAGAGCUUAGCGGUGUGAAGAAACUCCUUAAUCAUUACUCUCUUCGCUCACAAGUUCAAAACAAACCCUUGUCCAAGCACACUGACCAUAAAAACAAGAAACAUAGCACAACUCAGGACGCUGCAGGGGUAGAGGGUAGUAGCAGUGAGGGAGUUGACAAAGAAAGUAGCUGUAGACGCACAGCAACCACGGGAUCCUGUACUUCAACGAGGUGGGUGACAUGUAGGCGGUGGGGAGGGGGUGGAGGUGGAGGACUUUCCAACAGCAGCAAAGUUGGUGAUUGUAGUAACAUGGCUGAAGAGCAGCCUCCCUGUGACAAUGCAACACCUUCAGGUACCGGGAAUGGUUCUGUAGGUGGGGGAGGUACAGGCGGCGGAAUCGAUUCCGAGAGUGAUGAUUCUGAAGUCGGACGCUUACAAGCGCUUUUGGAAGCAAGGGGUCUCCCACCUCACUUAUUCGGUGCUCUCGCGCCGAGAAUGCACCACCUCCUUCAUCGUACGAUUGGAACCAACACAACAACCAAAGCCCAGCAGUUGCUUCAAGGCCUUCAAGCGACGUCCGAUGAGGGGCAACAAAUGCAAGCAGUGAUUGAAAUGUGUCAGAUGCUAGUCAUGGGUAAUGAAGAUACAUUGGCUGGAUUUCCUAUAAAGCAAGUUGUUCCUGCUCUAAUUGCUCUCCUCAAUAUGGAGCAUAAUUUUGAUAUGAUGAACCAAGCUUGCAGAGCCCUUACUUACAUGAUGGAAGCUCUACCAAGAUCAUCAGCAGUAGUUUUAGACGCUGUACCUGUUUUUUUGGAAAAACUUCAAGCUAUUCAGUGCAUGGAUGUUGCUGAGCAGUCUCUCACAGCACUCGAAAUGCUCUCAAGGAGGCACAGCAAAGCCAUUCUUCAAGCUCGUGGAGUGUGGGCCUGUUUAAUGUACCUGGAUUUCUUUAGUAUUAAUGCACAAAGAGCUGCCCUUGCCAUUACCGCAAAUUGUUGCCACAAUCUUCUCCCAGAAGAAUUACCCCUUGUAUCUCAGUCAAUCCCACUUUUGUCAAGUAGACUUACACAUCAGGACCAAAAGAGUGUUGAAAGUGUAUGCCUAGCUUUAAGCAGACUAACAGACAGUUUGCAGUCCGAUCCUUCUAAGCUGAUGCAAAUUGCGAAUAGUGAACUUUUAACCAAUCUGCAGCAAUUGUUGGUAGUUUCACCGCCUCUUAUAAACACCGGCACAUUCAUCACAGUUGUGCGUAUGCUGACUACGAUGUGCGCGAACUGCCCAGAGCUAUCUCUGACUCUUCUGAAAAAUAAUAUUGCAGAGACGCUUUGCUAUUUGCUGACUGGAAGAGCCGAUACAUCUCAGGGGGAGAUUGAGUUGGUUGCUAGAUCCCCUCAAGAGGUUUAUGAAAUGACUUGCUUGAUCAGCGAGCUGAUGCCGAGAUUGCCUCAACAUGCUCUAUUUGCCGUUGACACGCUUUUAGAUAGACCAAGCCCGAAAUCAGUACCAGAAGCUGUCACUUGGCUUUGGAGGGAUGACAUGGGAGUGUGGCAUGCUUAUACUCCUAUAGAUUCUAGAAUCAUCGAGGAAGCACAUCAAUCCGGUGAAGAAGACAUGUCACUCUCAACUUUAGGAAGGACUUAUACCGUAGAUUUCCAAUCAAUGCAGCAAAUCAACGAAGAUACAGGGACAUCGAGACCUAUAGAAAGAAGAGUUACUAGACCUCAAGCACUUUUACAGCAGUCAACUACUUCUACUUCAAGCAAUUAUUCAGUUAUGCAAACAAAUAACAACAAUGGCAUUCCAGUAGAAGACAGCAAUAUCGAUAACAAUUUGAAAGAUGUCGCAGGGGCAUUUAUCAAAUCUUUGUUCAGUGUCCUCUACGAAGUCUAUUCAAGUUCAGCUGGGCCUGCAGUCAGGUGUAAAUGUUUAAAAGCGUUGCUCAGAAUGGUCUAUUUCGCUUCUCCAGAACUUCUUAAGGAAGUUCUUAAAGCUCAAACAGUUUCUAGUCAACUCGCAGGAAUGAUGGCAUCACAAGAUCUUAGAAUAGUAGUAUCAGCACUUCAAAUCGCCGAAAUUCUCAUGCAGAAGCUUCCCGAAGUGUUUAGUGUACAUUUCACUCGAGAAGGUGUUAUGCAUGAGAUUAAGCAGUUAGCUGACCCAGCAGUGCCCAUCGGCUCUUCCCCUUCCAAACCCAUUCACGAAUCUUCUUCAAUUAUGGAUUCAUCUACUCCAGGUCCGUCGUCAGCUAGCAGUACGCCAAAUGGAGCUGCCUAUAAACUUUCUUCUGAAGCAAACGCAAAUGAGGGACAGAAUGAGAAUGAAGAAGGGGCUAAUGUUGAAGAGGAAGAAAUGCCUCUGAGUGACUGUUCCCCAAUAACUAGAAGGAUGAGGGAAUUGAGAAAACCAAAAAGGAGUACAAAACGCGAAAAACACUCUAAAGUCAGUGAAGAAUCGACUGUUCAUGAACUAUUUACAAAGCAUAAGCAUGCAAAUAAUUUAAGUUUAAGUAGCCGUGGUACAAGAUCACGUAUGUCAGGAGCAUCUUCAAAAACGAGCAACUUCUUAGCAUCGCUCAACCCUGCAAGAUGGGGUCGGGCGUCAGAGAGAAAUUUCCAAAAAGUCACUUACCUCAAGGAAUCCACUCUGGCAAAAUGUGCUAGCUCUUCAAACCUUUGGGCCGGUAAUCGAGAAAAGGUUAGGACUUGGGUCCGAGAGAGGAGUUCAAAGUUUAUUGCAAAUUAUUCAACCCCUUGUGAAAAUUCUGAAGGCCUGCAAGAUCCGAACAGGAUAUUAACUAGCUUGACUCAAGCCAUAUCAGCUCUUCAAGCAGAGGAUGGUACUGAUAAAAUGGCUGCCUUAAUUGAACUUAGAAACACCUUAAUGCGCUGUGAUAUUUCACCUUUUGAGGUAAAUCAUUCGGGAUUAGUCAAAGCUCUCCUUGAAUACUUGACCCAUAAGACAGAAUCAAGAGAUUCGAGAAUUAGAACCUUCCUUCACGUGUUUGCCAAAUGUCCACUUGAAGAAGGUGUUAGAGAGUUAACCACACUUGACCCGACUUGUCUUCAAGUUCUUAUUUCAAAGCUCAACAGUUGUGUAUCCCAGUUGGAACAAUUCCCAGUUAAGGUUCAUGAUCUUCCCGCCCCUGCUGGUAGCACAACUGCACUUAGAUUUUUCAAUACCCACCAACUCAAGUGUCAACUAUUUCGCCACCCUGAUUGUACAAGUUUGAAGCAGUGGAAAGGCGGUACGGUUAAAAUUGACCCUCUGGCUCUCGUCCAAGCGAUUGAGAGGUAUAUGGUUGUAAGAGGCUAUGCCAAAGUCCGUGAUAAACACUCAUCGCAGUCCGAUGAUGACAAUAGCGAGGAAGACAUCGAUGACACCUUGUUGCCAUUUCAGGUCGGUAUGGUUGUUGGGAGUGCAAGGCAUAAGCUGCAGUUUCUUAUAAAUGACACUGUCCUCCCUUACAACAUGACUGUGUAUCAAGCGGUCAGGCAGUUUUCACCCGCAGCAGCCCCUUCGGAUCAAUCAGAGACUGACACUGAUACGGAAGCUCCAUUCGGAAGUGCCAAUAUAUGGGUACAAACUCACACUGUUCAUUAUAGACCAGUGGUCGAGGAUGAGACGCCCAGCAAGCCAGUUACCAACAGUAAUCCCGUCCCUAGAAAGGGUAAGGGCUCCAAUUCAAAAGCAGCCCCAAAGAAGAAAUACGAUGGAUUGUGGCAAGAAGGAAAGGUACCUGUAAGGUUAUGUGCAAUGGAACGCUACCUCGUAAGUGAUCUUAGUGAUAAAGUAACUACCAAUGAUGCUUCUUUGCCAGUCCUUUGUCUCCUUAAGGCUUUGCAUGCCAUUUCAAUGCACUGGACAACUUUGUACCCAGCUCUUCAAGGAUCGCCAAUUUUGUAUCAACAGGAGUUUGUAAAUAAUAAAAUAGCUGCAAAAGCCGGAAGGCAACUACAAGACCCGCUGGUGAUAUUGACUGGAAAUCUUCCAAGUUGGCUUCAACAAAUUACAGCUGCUUGCCCAUUCCUUUUGCCUUUUGAAACGAGACAGCUGCUUCUAUACGCGACAGCUUUCGACCGUGACAGGGCACUGCAGAGACUCCUCGAUGCGUCGCCUGAGCUCUCGGGCUCAUCGGACUCUCAGGAGAGGGUGACACCACGUCUUGACAGAAGGAAACGCACUGUCGCAAGAGAAGACAUCCUUAAACAAGCAGAAUCGUUAAUUCAGGACAUGGCUUCGAGUAAAGCACUUUUGGAAGUACAAUAUGAAAACGAGGUUGGUACAGGUCUGGGACCGACUCUUGAGUUCUAUGCCUUGGUUAGUAAAGAAUUGCAAAAGUCAGAACUUGAGUUGUGGCAUGACGAAGGAGGUGGGCCUGAAGGUUACGUCUACUCGCCUGUCGGUCUCUUCCCAGCUCCAAUACCUAGAUCGACGCGAGUGUCACAGUUGAUGAAGCUCAGGACAAAAUUUAGAUUCAUCGGGAAGUUUAUGGCCAAGGCCGUCAUGGAUUCUAGAAUGCUUGACUUGCCACUGAGCCAGACAUUUCACCGUUGGCUGCUUGGAGAAGAGAGCUCUCUCGGCCUCACCGAUUUGGCCCAUGUGAACCCUUCUGUUUAUAAAUCGUUAGUCAGACUGAUGCAAGUCGUUGCUAGAUACAAAGAGAUUCUUAACGCUGAAGGAACAGAGGAAGAGAAGAACGCUAAUAUUGACGCUCUUGAGUUAGAUGGAUGUCCAAUAGAAAGUUUAAGUUUAGAUUUCACAUUACCAGGUUAUCCACACAUUGAAUUAAGAAGGGGAGGAAAAGAUAUCGCAGUGACAGUACACAACUUAGAAGAAUAUUGUAAAGUGAGUAAUACAUUCAAUUUUAGCUUGGAUUUGUUUAAUAUUAAAAAAAAAUUUGUACAGCUUGUAGUACAUUGGUACCUGGUCGAAGGAGUCUACCGGCAGAUGGAGUGCGUCCGAGAAGGCAUGCAGUGCGUCUUUCCAAUAUCACAUCUUGUGUUAUUCUACCCGCAAGAACUCGAUGCUGUGUUCUGCGGCUCAUCUACCUCUUGGGAGCUGUCUAGCAUUGUCGAAUCGUGCCGGCCAGAUCAUGGUUAUAACCCUACUUCUCGCGCGAUCAAAUUCUUAUUUGAAAUCCUCUCGGCGUACGGGCCCGAGGAGCAGAGGGAUUUUAUACAGUUUAUAACUGGUUCGCCAAGAUUGCCAGUCGGAGGGUUUAAAUCGCUUACACCUCCCCUCACGAUAGUAAGAAAAACUAUCGAUGGGAAUAUGAAUGCUGACGAUUUUCUUCCAUCUGUGAUGACAUGUGUUAAUUAUCUCAAACUGCCAGACUACUCAACAGUCGAGAUAAUGAGAGAGAAGCUUAGUAUAGCUGCCAAAGAAGGGCAACGAUCUUUCCACUUAUCCUAGUCUCAUCCAAGGUUAGCCAUACGUGUACUUCUGAGCUUAUGGUUACACUCUUCAGUACAUCUCUUCACACAUACACACUACCAUUUAUACAAUUAUUACUAUAAUUAUUAUUACUAUUAAUAUUAUUUAAUUAAUAAUAUUGAUUAAGAGAUCUCGGUUGCAAACGAACUGUGGUGAUUCUACCUUUAUAAAUACUUGUAUACAUACUAUAUAUAUAAAUAUAAAUAUAUUUCAUAAUAACUAUAUUA